AGCUCUAGAAUAUAGAUUAAACGUGCAAUCGUAGUUUACAUUAAAUAAUGGUUUGUAUCGCAUGUGCACAACAUUCACCUUCGUGCACUAUCGCCUCCACACAGCUAGAGGUGGCAUUUUCCGAGAUUAGAUCCUCACACAGAGUCGCAGUAACCCCAAGAAUAAUAAUUUUUGUACCCUCAGCAGGUCGUUUACUUUGGUGUGUUUUUUUUCUCACAAAAUGACCAAAUCUAAGGACAAGCGAGAGAAAGUCAGCGUUGCUAGCGAGAUUGAUCGUGUUGAGGAGCGACGGUUGCGAUGUCACGAUAGUAUCGAGAGGGCCGAGUUCAGACGGCGGCGCGAGGAGCUCUCGGAUCAAGACAGACAAUCGCUGGAGGAUGAAAUGACGAUAAUGAACGAUAGGAUGCAAAAGUAUGAUAAAGAGCUGGAGGUGUUGAGAGGAGAGAACAGGAGGAAUAUGAUGCUCUCUGUUGCUCUAUUGGCUGUCAGUGCUCUCUUCUACUACGCCUUUAUCCACUACUGAUUUAAGAAUUAGCUCAUUUUAGCACAUUUGACUGUGUUAUGUUACAUCUUCAUCAGGACCAAAUACUGCUUUGGCAGCUAAAAGCCUUAAUGCAGCCAUUUGUGUGAAUUAUACGGUAACAUUCUGGGGUCUCUUUUUUUUUCUCACUUAACCUUCUAUAUUUGCACCUGCAUGCGAGUGUUUACUUUUUUUUUCAUGGGACAAAUAGUAAAGACAUGUCAUUACCCAGUCAUUUUUUUUCAUGGGACAAAUAGUAAAGACAUGUCAUUACCCAGUCAUUUUUUUUGUAUUACCUUUUUAAUUUGGCAUGAACACAAGUCAUCUUAUUGUCAAACAAAUCAGUUUAAAAAGUAGGCUACCUGCCCAUGUUCAUCCACUCCAAAAUAAUUCCUGCAUCCAAUCAGUGCACUGUACACUCGUGUCAUUUGAUGAAUGGAAAGUGAAAUCUGUUACAAAACACCAAAAAAGUAUAAUGACAUUUGGCAGUUGUCAUUGGGUCUACAGUAGCCUGAAUUGAUGUGUCUUGCUGACAACAUGACCUUUUCUGUAGAAAGAGAAGUCGGGACACUUGAAACGGGGCUGAAAUAUGUAACAGUCCCGCAUGACAAGUGCAGCCACAUGGGAUAAAAAAAACACAGAAUACAGAGGUGGGGGUGUUGGUUUCAUGUGGGAUAAGCUUUUAUUUUCAUAUUUACCACUAUAGCAGUACACGUUUCAUUUUAAACAAAUAAGAUAAUGGGUAAAUUAGCAUUAUUUAUUAGAGACCCCCCCAAAGUUAUGACUUGUUUAAUUUAGGGGGGCUCAUAUCUCUUUCAGGGUUUAUCCCCACUUGUAAUUCACACUCUGCUCAUAGGUACCUCUGCUCUGUCAAGCUUUGGUACUCAAAUUGCCUAAUUUGUUGAGCCACUACAAAUUGGAUGUUCGUUGUGAAGUCAUCCACAUCAUCAACUAACUCCUGGGCUGAGCUUUGCUUUCCCCUUCAUACAGACUGUGGUAUACUUUUACUACACUUCAAUGGUUACUGAUGCUCUUAAGGACCACUCAUGGACCACUUAAGGACCACUCAAAGCAAAAUCAUGCACAAUGCUUAUGUAAAUCAUAAACUCUUCAAGCGUGACAUAGUAUACAAUUCUUCCUUUGACUUCAUUGCAAUUUGUGCUCCGUAGUGCUAUGAUGAGGGUAUGAAGACACUGUACUUCUCAAUGGGUUUGCAUAGUGCACCUUGGGAUUGCGUUCUCAGACUGUUGCUAAAAUGAUGCUUUAGUUCUCAUUGUGGUCAAUAACCACUAUGCCUGUCUGUUAGUUAAAUCACCUGAGACUUGACUGGGCUUUAUCACUUGACAUAAUUUUGCAAGGGUCUGUAUUUACAAAGCAUCUCGGAGUAUGAGCACUCCUACUCAGAGAUGCUUUGUCAAUAUGGGCACAGGGCUACAUAUACUGUAUACCAUUAGAAUAAGGAAGGGGUGUAUAUGUGUUUUUGUCCACAUCUUAAUUAAUUCCAAGCCUUUGGUGCCAAAAUGAAUCUCCCCAUGGCCUUUUUUUGUUCAGGGAUUGCAUGUUUAGCAGUGCCUAUGCAUCUAAAUGGUUUACAUUGAGAAUGUUUGAUUACUCAUGCAUGCAUUAAGGCCUUCCUACAUGCAGACAGCUUCACAUCAUUUUGAUCCCUCACCCAAGGCAACAAGUUUAUAUAUAUUUACUGUAAAUUAAUUCAGAUAAUUACAUGCUUGGCAUGUAUGUACAUUGUUCUUUUGUAAUUAUGUCUGAACAUCCAAAAAACAAAAUAAAUGCAUCUCUAAAUCUG